GGAGAGAGAAUAGUAUUCAUGCUCCCCCACUCUCCUUCAUUUAUAGAAACUACUGAUAACAGAAGUCUAGUUUAUUGUGUUUGUAAGGCAAAGCAUUUAUUUUAAUCCACACCGUUUUUUGAUGCCAUCCCCAACCCACACUCUCGAUUCACCGAUUCAUGGCUAAAACCGGCGUCUUCGAUUCGGAUCCGACGGUCAUGGAAAAGGUAGCGGAAUUGAAGAAGGAAUUGAUGAAACUGGUGAAUUCAAUAGUUCAAAACGAGAAUUGCAGUAUCGAAACCAUCGAUCAAGCGCAGGAUACACUUAAUGCUCUCAAGGAACUCCAGUUGAGCAAGAAAUCGAUUUCUUUGAAGUUAAAAGACUGUCCACUGGAGUUCAGGUGCCCGAUUUCUAAAGAAUUGAUGAAAGAUCCCGUUGUUGUCGCUACUGGACAGACUUAUGACAGACCCUUUAUCCAGAAUUGGCUGAAAGCAGGCAAUAGGACAUGCCCUCGAACUAAACAAGUGUUGUCACACACAGUACUUACUGCUAAUAACGUAAUGAGGGAAUUGAUAACAAAAUGGUGUAAGAGCCAAGGGAUAGAAUUGGCAGACCCUGUUCAAUAUAUUAACGAAUUAGGAGUCACGGAAGAUGAUCGUGAACGAUUUCUUUCUCUGCUUAAGAGUAUGUCCUCAACUAUUUCUGAACAAAAGGAAGCUGCAAAGGAGCUCCGAUCAUUGACAAAGAAGAUGCCAUCAUUCCGGGCACUUUUUGGUGAGUCUGUUGAUGCCAUUCCUCAGUUGCUUAGCCCACUCAAUCAAAUCGAGUCUCAUCCUGAUCUCCAAGAAGACGUGAUCACUACACUGUUAAAUCUUUCUAUUCAUGACAACAAUAAGAAGCUUGUUGCUGAAACUCCAGAGGUUAUUACACUUGUUAUGGAAGCUUUAAAAUCAGGAACCGUUGAGACAAGGAGUAAUGCAGCAGCAGCGCUUUUCACAUUGUCUGCUCUCGACUCCAAUAAGGUUCUUAUUGGUAAAUCAGGUGCUUUAAAACCUCUCAUUGACCUUAUAGAAGAGGGGCAUCCAUUGGCAAUGAAUGAUGUCGCUUCUGCAAUUUUUAGCCUGUGUCUUAUACAUGAAAACAAGGCAAGAGCUGCGCAUGAUGGUGCAGUGAGGGUCAUAGUGAAGAAGAUUAUUGACGGUGUGUAUGUUGAUGAGUUGCUAGCUAUUCUCGCAAUGCUUUCUAGUCAUAGAAGGGCUGUUGAAGAAAUGGGAGAGCUUGGAGCUGUGCCUGCCUUGCUUAGAAUCAUUAGGCAGAGCACUUGUGGACGGAUUAAGGAGAACUCCAUUGCAAUCCUCUACACUAUUUGCUUCAACGAUCGAACCAAGUGGAAGGAAAUUAGGGAAGAGGAGAAAGAAAAUGCAACUAUCUCUAAACUUGCUCGAGAUGGAACUUCAAGGGCCAAAAGGAAAGCUAGUGGUAUUCUUGAGAGACUUAGCCGGGCUGUCAAUCUUACACACACAGCUUAAUGAAAUGGUUUCUGCAGAAAGUAUGAAUUUCAACCAUUGUGUACAUUCAUUCUCCGUUUCAGGCAUUUUGAUCCUCAAGCCAGCCAACUCAGGCAUGUUAUCUUCUUCACCGUUUUGUAAAUUCUCUUUCACCAGACUUAUCAAUUUCAGGCCGCUGUGAAUAAAUAUAUUACAGCAUUACUAGUAAGGUUUUGUCUUGUGCUUUUGAGCAUUAAUUCCUUCACAUGUUUUGGUUUUUAGAUGAUUGGAUUUGAAUAGCUUGAAUGCCUGCUGGCUUGUUCACUUGUCUGCUAAAAAUGAUUGUUUGGUCCCACUAGAAUUUCCCUGCAUAAGAUUUUUGUUUCAAUCCACAAUUUCACACAGCCCACUCACUGUAUAAGCUUUACUUAUUAAAGUUUGAUAUUUACAACUUCUGUAUUAGUAU